AUGUUGCUGUCCACAAACCAGAUGUCACAUGUACGUAGUUUAGAUAAGAAUCGACCAGCUAUUACAAUCUCAGAUAGUACAUUAGAAUAUGUAAAUGUAAGUAAGCUUCUUAGUGUCCAUUUCCACCAGUAUCUUGAUUGGGAUAAGCACGUGCGUGCAUGAGCUGCUACGGAACAAUACAAACAAUAAGAAAACUUAAGAAUUUUGCUUAAGUCACUGGUGCUGUCAAAACUUGACUAUUGUGACACUGUCUAUUAA